CGUGAUAGCCAAAGAGGGCUAAAAAUAACGAGAGUUUCACACAGAACAGCCGCAGUUGUACCGUAGCUCCCGUGCGACGAACGGCUAUCACGAAAAAUUUCACGUUCGCUGAACACAUUUACAGUCCGUGUUUUACGAAUAAUUCGAAGUCCUAGAUGUAUAAGUCAACGUCGGAGAUGAUGGAGCAGACGGAGUUGAAGCCCAAUAUCAGUGUAUCUUCGAUGGCCAGUCCCACUCAGUCCUUAAGCCAGGGGCAUCACGGCCAACCCGGCACUCCCAUCAUGGUAGGCACAACCAACACCCCGAACAGCGGCGGUAAGAAUGCACAGAACGACCGAGUCAAGCGGCCCAUGAACGCCUUCAUGGUGUGGUCUCGCGGCCAACGCCGUAAGAUGGCCCAAGACAACCCCAAGAUGCACAACUCCGAGAUCAGUAAACGACUUGGGGCUGAAUGGAAGUUGCUGUCAGACGAGGAUAAGCGGCCGUUCAUCGACGAGGCCAAGCGGCUGCGUGCAGUGCACAUGAAGGAGCACCCAGACUACAAAUACCGGCCACGGCGCAAGACGAAGACCCUGAUGAAGAAAGAGAAGUACGCACUGCCGGGCAUGAUUUCACCGGGACAAGGGCCACCAGGAAUGCAGAGGCAAGUACCAGAAGGUAUGCAGGGUUACCAUCAUUUAAACGGUUAUAUGAAUGGUGGAUAUCCAAUGAUGCAGCAUGACCAGCUGCAACAUUUGCAGGCCCACAGCUUUAGCGGCUCACAAAUGGCCGGCAACACAGGACUCCAUCCCCGCUACGACAUGGCAGGACAAAUCGCCUAUCCGCCCAUGACAUGCGCCCCAGGGUCAGCCUACCUGAACUCCGCCAGUUACACCACACCUUAUGCCUCCCAUGUCCAAAUGCAACAGCCUUCUUCGAAGGCAGAGCAGGUUUCAGACCGGGCAGCUGCUGUCGCUGCUGCACGGAACAUGCCCAGUGAUUCGUUGAAGGACAUGAUCAGCAUGUACCUGCCUGGAGCAGACUCUAAUGACCCAAACACUCAGAGACAACAUGCCGUAGCCAUGCAGGCAGCUUACCAUCAGAGUGUGUCUGGUGCCAAUGGGACAGUCCCGCUAACCCACAUGUAAGAAAAAGCUUUUCUUGUGAUACUGGUAGUGAGCGGGCACGGUAAUCGCCAUUUUAAGACACUAGAACUUUGGACUUAAGCUGCCUGUACCGGUUUCCACACGGACAUUGUGGUUGGGUAGGCAAAGUUGGGGGAGUCUUCCCGCUCUGUAUAUUUUGUAAUAUUUUUGAGUACGCGGGGUCAAGUUAAAACCUACAGACGUGUGUUAUUUUAUACAUAAGAAUGUUAACACAAGAGUUUACACCUUAAUGCUGUACCUUGAUUUAAUUUAUCUUCAAGUUCUCAGUUUUUAAGCUCGGCUUUGCAAAGUUGUGUGUAAAUUUUGGCUCCAUUUUAUUAUUUAAGAGUUGGAAGCAAGUGUUAUCCAUUUACGAAAAUGGUUAUAUUUUCACCUACGCAAAGUUUGAUAAAUGGCAGUCGUAUUUGGAAUUUUUCAAGUUGAACACAACAUUCGUUGAAAGUGUCGUCUCUCCAAAAAUCCAUGGAAAUUCCGACAAAUCAUUUCGCCAUUUGUUUUUUUUGGGGUUAACUUUGUAUAACUGAAUGAAAUUGAGGGCAUAGACCCGAAGUACCAUAUUUUUGUAUAUAUUUGCACUGUUGUAACUUAGAGUUUUGUUUGCCGUAAUUGAAACGCAGUCCUGCACAGAAGUGUUUCACGUCAAAUCCAUUUAUUGUAAUGAGUUUUAACUCCAAGUUGUAUAGAAAUUUAACCAGACAUUGUUUUGCCAUUGGGAAAUCCCCAGACAGCCGAACUAUAAGUCUUUAAGUUUUCUUUUCAGCGUCUUUUAUGUAUUCAAGAGCUGAAUAAUUGCUUUUAUGCUGUCUAUUCAAGGCAACGUUGGGCAUCCCCGUGCGGUUGAAUUGUUAAGGCUAGACGAUGCCAUUGAUAUUCAUGCACACUAAAUAUUGUUUCAUCGUUGAGGACCAUGGACCGUCCAGGACAAUGGCGCGUUUUUUGCCUUCAGAAUAGCGGAAUGACAAUGGAAACAAUGUGGUAUUUGGACGAGGAAACCCCUCGCCUUGUUGGCAGCCACUCGCUCAGGUUUGCGCUUAAAGUAUAUACUGAAAAUGAUUUUGGCUUUGCUUAAUUUACGCUGUCAUUGAGUAACUGUGGUUAUGGUUAAACCUUACUAACAAGGUGAAUGGUUUCCGAUUUUAAACGGUGCUUCGCAUUUUUAGCUGUGCAACUUAACAGUUGAUUUAGGUAGCAAUUACUUUUGGACGGUUAAUAUUUGAAAGUUUACCUGUCACUUUCUCCUUUUUCUUGAGCCAAGAUACGAGACACUGAAACUUGAGAUAGUUAGUUUACUCGUUGUAUUUCCAUGCUAUUAAUAUCAGUUUCGUUGUCAAAUUUCAUUUCGAAUGCGAUGACUUUUGUUUGUCUAAAGAAAUAAACGGCUGAAUUGCCAUUUGUAAUGUCAGGGUAAAAUUGCACGUGACUUUCCUUGUACGUAUACUUUUUGGGGUGUUUCUCUAUAUUGCUUAGACAAAUAAAUGAUUUAAGACCA